GAGCACAACACAACACUUGGUAAAGCUGGAAAAUGUUGUCACUCAGAGGUGUACGAAGCACUGAUUCCUUGCCAUUAGUAUUCCAGUGAGAUUUUGCCAUGUCCAAAACAAAACCUUGCCCUUCAGAAGAAAGAGAUAAGAAAAAGAGACAAUAAUUGCAAGUUUUCGAGGAGCAGUCCCACAUGGUUUAUCACUGGAGAUUGGAGACACUGUUCAAAUACUGGAGAAAUGUGAUGGCUGGUACAGAGGAUUUGCCUUAAAAAACCCACAUCUUAAGGGUAUCUUCCCAUCCAACUAUAUUCACUUGAAAAAUGCAUGUGUUAAGAACAAAGGGCAAUUUGAAAUGGUUGUUCCAACAGAGGAUUCUGUUAUUACAGAGAUGACAUCAACAUUAAGAGACUGGGGGACAAUGUGGAAACAACUUUAUGUGAGAAAUGAAGGGGAUCUCUUUCACCGAUUAUGGCACAUAAUGAAUGAAAUACUAGACCUACGACGGCAAGUACUGGUGGGCCAUCUCACUCAUGAUAGGAUGAAGGAUGUCAAACGGCACAUCACUGCCCGCUUGGACUGGGGCAACGAACAACUGGGAUUGGACUUGGUUCCAAGAAAGGAAUAUGGAAUGGUAGAUCCAGAGGAAAUCAGUAUUACAGAGCUGUAUAGAUUGAUGGAGCACCGUCAUCGCAAGAAAGACACACCCGUUCCAGCAAGCAGCCACCACCUCUUUGUUCAGAUGAAGAGCCUAAUGUGUUCUAACCUGGGAGAAGAACUGGAAGUAAUAUUCUCACUUUUUGAUAGUAAAGAGAAUCGACCAAUCAGUGAGAGAUUUUUUUUAAGACUUAAUCGGAAUGGUUUGCCAAAAUGUCCAGAGAAGCCAGAAAGACAUUGUUCUCUUUUUGUGGAUUUGGGAAGCAGUGAGCUCAGGAAGGACAUCUACAUCACUGUCCAUAUUAUUCGCAUUGGUCGAAUGGGAGCUGGGGAAAAGAAAAAUGCUUGCAAUGUACAGUACCGGCGACCUUUUGGUUGUGCAGUCCUCAGCAUUGCAGACCUACUAGCAGGAGACACGAAAGAUGACCUUAUUUUAAAAGUAUACAUGUGCAACACGGAAAGUGACUGGUAUCAGAUCCAUGAAAACAUCAUCAAAAAACUAAAUGCUCGUUAUAACCUAACAGGAUCCAAUGCAGGGCUGGCUGUCUCUCUUCAAUUGCUACAUGGGGACAUUGAACAAAUCAGGAGGGACUACACAUCCAUGUUUACCCAUGGAGUCUCAAUAACAAGAAAGCUGGGCUUUUCCAAUAUUAUCAUGCCAGGUGAAAUGAGAAAUGAUUUGUAUAUCACAAUAGAAAGAGGGGAGUUUGAAAAAGGAGGGAAAAGUGUGGCCCGGAAUGUGGAAAUAACAAUGUACAUUGUGGACUGUGGUGGUCAAAUUUUAAAGGAUUUUAUUUCCUUUGGCUCUGGAGAACCACCAGCCAGUGACUUCCACUCCUUUGUGCUGUACCACAACAACAGUCCCAGGUGGGCGGAGCUGCUGAAACUUCCCAUUCCUGUGGAUAAAUUCAGGGGAGCACACCUUCGCUUUGAAUUCCGACACUGUUCCACAAAAGAAAAGGGGGAGAAGAAGUUGUUUGGUUUUUCUUUCGUCCCUCUGAUGCAGGAAAAUGGAAGGACGCUGCCAGAUGGCACUCACGAGCUCAUUGUUCACAAGUGUGAAGAAAAUGUAAGUCUUCAGGAUUCUAGUCGCUACCUCAAAUUCCCCUUUUCAAAGGGACAUCUCCUUGCAAACAACCACCAAGCAGUAAAAACCACUAAGGAAUCAUUCUGGAUUACGUCUUUCCUGUGUUCAACUAAACUCACUCAAAAUGGGGACAUGCUUGAUCUUCUCAAGUGGCGAGCCCAUCCAGAAAAAAUUGCAGGCUGCCUCUCCAAACUGAAAGAUAUUGAUGGGUCAGAAAUCGUCAAGUUUCUUCAAGAUACACUGGACACUUUAUUUGGAAUUUUAGAUGAAAAUUCUCAAAAAUAUGGCUCCCAUGUAUUUGAUUGUUUGGUCCAUAUAAUUAACUUGCUGCAGGACAGCAAAUUCCACCAUUUUAAGCCAGUUAUGGACACCUACAUUGAAAGUCACUUUGCAGGAGCACUUGCAUACAGAGACCUCAUAAAGGUGUUGAAGUGGCAUGUAGAUCGAAUAACAGAAGUGGAAAGACAGACACACAACCAGGAAGUAUUAAAGGCACAAGAAUAUAUAUUUAAGUAUAUAGUCCAGUCUCGGAAACUGUUCUCUCUUGCUACUGGUGGACAAAAUGAGGAGGAAUUCUGCUGUUGUAUUCAAGAGCUGCUGAUGUCUGUGCGAUUCUUCCUUUCCCAAGAAACCAAAGGGACUAGUGCUUUAUCUCAGGCCCAGGUGGUCUUUCUAAACUCCUUUCCAGCUGUAUACUCAGAGCUACUAAAACUUUUUGAUGUGAGAGAGGUGGCAAAUUUGGUGCGUGAUACUCUGGGAAGCUUGCCAACCAUCACUAAUGCAGAUGAAUCCCUUCAAGCUGUGAAACUCCAGUGCAUUGGAAAGACGGUGGAGAGCGAACUGUACACCAAUCCAGAGUCCCGAUAUAUCCUACUGCCAGUAGUUUUGCAUCACCUCUACGUACAUCUGCAAGAACAAAAGGAUCUGAUCAUGUGCGCACGCAUCCUUAGCAACAUAUUUUGCCGCAUUAAGAAAAAUAGUUCUGAAAAGUCAGUUUUGGAAGAAAUAGAUGUCAUUGUCAGUAGUCUGCUAGAUGUGCUGCUGAGGACCAUCCUAGAGAUCACAAGCCGCCCUCAGCCUGCAGGGUCUGCGACAAGGCUACAGUUUCAGGAUGUUACUGGAGAAUUUGUUUCAUGUCUAUUGUCAUUGCUACGACAAAUGACAGACAGACAUUACCAGCAACUUCUUGACAGAUUCAAGACAAAGGAUGAGCUAAGAGAUUUCUUGUUACAGAUCUUUACAGUCUUUCGCAUAUUAAUACGACCAGAGAUGUUCCCAAAAGAUUGGACAGUGAUGCGUUUAGUUGCUAACAAUGUUAUUAUUACAACAGUGUUAUACCUUUCGGAUGCCCUUCGUAAAAACUUUUUAAAUGAGAGCUUUGAUUACAAGAUUUGGGAUUCCUACUUUUACCUUGCUGUCAUUUUUAUAAACCAGUUAUGUCUGCAAUUAGAAAUGUUCACACCUUCCAAGAAGAAAAAGGUAUUGGAAAAGUAUGGUGAUAUGCGGGUGACAAUGGGAUGUGAGAUAUUCAGCAUGUGGCAAAAUUUAGGAGAACACAAAGUCCAUUUCAUCCCAGCACUGAUUGGGCCUUUUUUAGAAGUGACACUUAUACCUCAGCCUGACCUACGGAAUGUAAUGAUUCCUAUUUUCCAUGAUAUGAUGGACUGGGAGCAAAGGCGCAGUGGCAACUUUAAACAGGUAGAAGCAAAAUUGAUUGACAAAUUGGAUAGUUUGAUGUCAGAAGGAAAAGGUGAUGAAACAUACCGGGAACUCUUCAAUAGUAUAAUUCCACUCUUUGGUCCUUAUCCCAGCCUGCUGAAGAAAAUUGAACGUGAAACAUGGAGAGAAAGUGGUGUUUCAUUAAUCGCCACAGUAACCCGUCUUAUGGAGAGGCUGCUGGACUACAGGGACUGCAUGAAAAUGGGAGAAGUAGAUGGCAAAAAGAUUGGCUGUACUGUCAGUUUGUUGAAUUUUUAUAAAACAGAAUUGAACAAGGAGGAGAUGUAUAUCCGCUAUAUACAUAAAUUGUAUGAUCUGCACUUAAAAGCACAAAAUUUUACAGAAGCUGCUUAUACACUGUUGCUAUAUGAUGAACUGUUGGAAUGGUCAGACCGGCCACUGCGAGAAUUUCUGAACUAUCCCAUGCAGACAGAGUGGCAACGUAAAGAGUAUCUUCAUCUCACUAUAAUCCAGAAUUUUGAUAGAGGAAAAUGCUGGGAGAAUGGCAUCAUCUUAUGCAGGAAGAUUGCUGAACAGUAUGAAAGCUAUUAUGACUACAGAAACCUCAGCAAGAUGCGGGUGAUGGAAGCCUCUUUGUAUGAUAAAAUUAUGGAUCAGCAGCGUUUGGAGCCUGAGUUUUUCCGGGUUGGGUUUUAUGGGAAAAAGUUUCCUUUUUUCUUACGAAACAAAGAGUUUGUUUGCCGAGGCCAUGACUAUGAGCGUCUAGAGGCUUUUCAGCAGCGGAUGUUAAACGAGUUCCCACAUGCCAUUGCUAUGCAACAUGCCAAUCAGCCAGAUGAAACCAUCUUUCAAGCAGAGGCACAAUAUCUGCAAAUCUAUGCUGUGACACCAAUUCCAGAAAGCCAAGAAGUGCUGCAGAGAGAAGGCAUUCCAGAUAACAUCAAAAGUUUUUAUAAAGUAAAUCACAUCUGGCGAUUCCGAUAUGACAGGCCAUUCCACAAAGGCACCAAAGACAAGGACAAUGAAUUCAAGAGUUUGUGGAUAGAGAGGACCACAUUGAUCUUGGUGCAGAGUUUGCCUGGUAUUUCUCGUUGGUUUGAAGUGGAAAAACGUGAAGUGGUGGAAAUGAGCCCUUUGGAGAAUGCUAUUGAAGUGUUGGAAAAUAAAAACCAGCAACUGAGGACGCUGAUCAGUCAGUGUCAGACUCGACAGAUGCAGAAUAUCAACCCUCUCACAAUGUGCUUAAAUGGGGUCAUUGAUGCAGCUGUGAAUGGUGGAGUUGCCAGGUACCAAGAAGCAUUCUUUGUGAAGGAAUAUGUCCUGAACCACCCAGAGGAUGGAGAGAAGAUCACAUGCUUGAGAGAAUUGAUGCUUGAACAGGCCCAGAUUUUGGAAUUUGGCCUAGCUGUGCAUGAGAAGUUUGUUCCUCAAGAUAUGAGGCCAUUACAUAAAAAACUAGUGGAUCAAUUCUUUGUGAUGAAAUCAAGUUUGGGAAUACAGGAAUUUGCUGCAUGCAUCCAGGCCAGUCCAGUUCAUUUUCCGAAUGGGAGCCCUCGUGUCUCUAGAAAUUCAAUGCCAGUUUCUAUGAGUCCAGAGGGUGCCAGAGUAAUUCCUCGACGUAGCCCAUUAAGUUACCCAGCUGUCAACAGAUACUCUUCCUCAUCAUUGUCCUCUCAAGCUUCUGCAGAGGUCAGCAAUAUAACUGGGCAGUCUGAAAGUUCUGAUGAAGUUUUCAACAUGCAGCCAAGUCCAUCUACCUCAAGCCUGAGUUCCACUCAUUCCGCUUCACCUAAUGUGACCAGCUCUGCUCCAUCCAGUGCCAGAGGCUCACCUCUGUUGUCUGACAAGCUUAAACAUUCCAGAGAAAAUUCUUGCCUAUCUCCAAGGGAAAGGCCCUGUAGUGCUAUUUACCCUAAUCCUGCUGAGCCUUCACAGCCUGCAAACUCUGGCUUUGCCAAGUGGAAUGAGGCCUCCAUUCCGCGCUGCAUCAGAGAUUCACCAAGGGAGCCUGAAGAGCAUAUAGGCCCAGUAGCUGCUCUGCCAGAGGCUUACCUAACAGGAAAAUCUCCCAAUCUAUCAACAUCCUCAGUAGUCCCUGACAGGAGAAUUCUGUUCAAUCAUAUUGGAGAUGGCGCUUUGCCAAGAAGUGAUCCUAAUUUGUCUGGUCCUGAGAAAGCUGUAAACAGCACUCCCAGCAGCUGGAGCCUUGAUAGUGGAAAAGAGGCCAGAAACAUGUCAGAGUGUGGAAAGCUUAUGUCUCCUCCGGUGCCACCACGCCCCACACAAACUGCAUCCCCAGCUCGACACAUAACCUCAGUCUCCCCUUCCCCUGCUGGAAGAUCUCCAAUGAAGAACUGUGUACAAUCGUUUACUCCAUCUCCUGUGGACUACCAUUCCUCAGGACUCAUCUCUAACUCCCCAGUCUUAUCAGGAAGUUACAGCAGUGGCAUCUCCUCACUCAGUAGAUGUAGCACAUCUGAAACAUCUGGCUUUGAAAGUCACAUCAGUGAACACCCAGUACCAAUUUCUAACUGCAGUGUUUCUGAAGAGCAAGUGAGAAAAGAAAGUAAGACUCCACCACCUUACAGUGUAUAUGAACGGACACUGAGGCGCCCUGUCCCGCUACCUCACAGUCUUUCCAUCCCCAUUCCAACGGAUCCACCAGCAUUGCCACCCAAGCCCCUGUUGGUCCGACCGAACAAUCUGGAAAAUAGUAACAAGAGAACUGAACAAGUCCCUCGGCCCAGGCCUCUUCCACGAAAAGUGUCUCAGUUAUAAAAAAACAGAAAGAAAGAAAGAAAGAAAGUCAUUUUUGAAAUGACAGGUGGGGGGAAAGCCCACAUCUAAUAUAGGCACUUUAAUAUUUUUCACAAAAAUACUUUCCAGUGAUUUUUUAAAAUUGCUUAAUAUCAUGUUGCACAUUUUUUUUUGUCAAAUGAAAGUACUAACCUAGAAUGCAAGACAUUACAGAAACAGAAGGGGGGAAAAGACUGAGAGGAUUGCAUUAGUAUUAAGUACAGGAAAUGUGGAUGCAUAUUAAUUUGAAUGAGCUUGAUCUCCCUCCCGCCCAAUGUAGUUUAAUUGAAACUAUACUUCCCUUCCACAGUUCCUUGUUUGUAUGACACUGUACUUUUUAGAGCAUGCAAAGUAGUAUGGUUUAAACUAAGUAUAUUAAAAGGCUGGUAUGAUAAGAUAUAAUUUCUACAUUUUUGCAAACAUUUUGAAAGCUGUUUUCUUACCACUUUUGAGCCUGCUAAUUUAUGUACACAAACAAAAGUGAUGAUAAUUCAAGUGAUCAGAUUGCAUUGGAGUAUUGAAAGGAUGUUGUUGUUUCUGAUUUCAUGAAACAGGAUACCUGGUUUGAGUUCCUUAUUUCUACCAACAUAUUACUGAAUUGUAUUAAAUGUAUUGAUUUACAUUUUGAGAUCUGUUUUUUAGGGGGGGGGGGGAAUCAGCAUUAUGCUAUUGGUUUAUCAUGCACAUUUCACAACUUAUUUUACUUUUCUUGAGGUACAAUUUACUUCACAGUUCCAUAUAGCUGAUAAAAUAUGUUAUGAUUGCCAUAAAAGUUGGUUGUAUAUUUGUACCUAACAUAAAAGUUCAUUUUUUAAAAUUAUUUGAUGACAGGGAAUUAAUUUUUGAGUUGUUCUUGUAGCUCAAAUGACUAUGUGUACUAGGGAGCUAAUAAUGACCAUAGUUAGUGCUGCAAAAUGAGCAUAAAGAUGGAGAUAAAUUUAUACAAAUAAGUGUGCAUGAGAUAUAACUGGAAAGGGCAUUAAAUUUAGUAUUCAAUUCAAAUUGCAAUCUAAUUUUAAAAAGGACUAGGAUGAAUUAUUUUUGUUAUCCAAUCAACCAUCUUAUCCUUUUGGCAAUUUUUUAAUAUCCAGAUUGUGCGUGAUAGUACAAGACAGAAAGCUUUGGAAUCAUCUGUGGAAAAGUCAGGCACCUUAUUCUAUAGAUGCCCCAUAUUCAAUCCCUUCUAUCCAUCCAUGGAGGCUGGAUUUGUUAGUUCUUGGCGUGUCUUAUUUGCCACUCCUGCAAAACCUAGGUGGCAUUCCACAUAAUGAUGUAUUUGUUUUUUCUGCCAGAGUAGAUGCUAGCAUUAGAAAUUACAGAGAGAGGAUACAUGUAAUGGGGCAUUAGUGUGGCAUUCUUUAUAGGGUGUGAAGGCCUUUCAAAUAUGCAGAUAUAAGGAGUCCACUGUUUUCCCCAGCUGCUCUUCCUGUAUAUUUUAAAGAAAGAAGCAGCAAAUAAUGCAUGCAUGUGUGCUCUACAAUGAUUGCAGUAUCUCUUAGCCAAAUGCAAAUUAUGAUCUUGUCUUUGGGUAUCUUGGUUUAACAAAAAGAGACAAAUAGAGGAUGAAGGAAUUCUGAAGUUCUGGACUCCUAAGAAGCAGGUUCAGAUCUCCCAAAGCAAAAGAACUGAGUCAUGGACUCUACACAUUUAUUUGUCCUUCCCUCCCUUACAAAAAGCAGUAUUCCUCCAUCCUGCCGCUGUAUGUUCCAUUCCCAAACUGUGGAGGAACAUCAGAAGUAUGAGGAACUAUGAGCUGAAGAAAAGUGGAUCCCAUGGUGCACAAACAGAAAACUUGUCAACAACUAAGAGGUGCACCAAUUUGCUGGGGCAGUUCUUGCAGAAUGCACUAUCUGGAAGGGCCCUUGUCAGAUAAUGUUUUCUAGGUAGAGUUAGGGCGCAUACAGACUGAUUAAAAAGACUAGAAAAUACCAAAUUUUUUACUUUAUUUUGGCAAUCUGUACAUGUUCUGAACAUUUCCUGUCAUUAUCCAGUACGAUCAGAGACUUUUUAGACCAGCUUCCAUGGUCAGUUUAUUUUAACCCAAAAUAAAAUCUGAGACUUCUCAAUCAGUCUGGAUGUACCUUUAGACUAGAAAGAUCCUGUACAGUCUUUCAGAAACUCAUGCUUGGUUGUAGGACUGUGAAAGCUAAAACAAUUGAGUGUUCCACAUAUAUGUACUGUUUCUGAUAUCCUAAAGUAUGAUCUGUCUUUUUUCAGUCAUACCGUGAAAGAGUUAUCUCCCUGUUUUGUUGGGAAGCUUGUGUUGAUUUAACCGUUCGCCUUGUUCAUAGCAUAACUGGAACGUAGUGACCACUUUUUAUAUUCCUUCAGUGAAACCUUCAGCAGGUAUAUGCUGUUAAUGGUAGCUAUAGAAGUUUUCUAUAAUAAAUGUUCAAGUAUUUUUGUAUAUAACUGGUUAAUUUUAAUAAGGAAUACAACUAUGGGGUGGGGGAAAGAAGCAAACAGUUGUGUAUGCAGUAUGAUUGUUAUAAUUAUGCCAAAUACUUUAUGUAAGUGAGGGGGGGGUACAGGGAAGACUAUUUGUACAUAUGUGCUUUUAACAAUUCUGCCAUAUUGAUUCUACAACUUUGAAUGUCAGAAAAAUAUAUUAAUAUAUGUUGAAAUAUCUAUGUUUAGCAAAAGUGUUUAUAACUGGAAAAGGAGCAUAUGAAUUUUAGCUUUGUACCUUGCUGAUUUGGAAGUCCUGAGAUUUCUUGAAUUAGCCCUUGCUUUUGAACAUAACAUUUUUGUGUCUGCAUAACCAGAUUUUUGAAGCUCUUAGUUACAUAUUUAUGCUUUUUUAAAAUAAAAAGAAGGAAUUGUAAUUUAAAGAAAGGGUCACAAACUGGAUAACAAAUCCACUUUCAUCCCUCCCUAGCUUAUACAUACAGCUGAAUCAGUGUGUUGCUUGGUACUUCAGCUUAGUCUGAAUCAGUGUUAUUUGCUCCUCGGGUCCAUUUUUAAAAAAAUAUUCAAUAAGCAGAAUUUUACUCAUGUGCACGUAUUACUGACGUCUGACAGCAAAACAUUUUAAUGUAGUUAAAUGUUUACAGAUGGUUAUGCUGGUUGCUGAAGAAACGUAAAUACAAAAUAAAAUGGAUUGGUCUUCAUUGUA